AUGAACUUCGUCGUUUCGCAGCGCGCGAAAGUCGGGCCGCUAUUGGUGGACGGGAAGCCUCGGGAUUGGGGCGACACGCGGAACUCGGAGAAGGAGCUGAGCGACGUGGGACUGAGCGCGCGCGCCGGGCACAAGAAGGACCGCGGCGGGUGCAUCGGCGCGUUCCAGCGGCUGUGGGGCGGCAUGGAGCUGAGAUACAGCUACUCCAAGGCCACGCCGGAUGUCAGAGAGCUGGUGAGUAGCGUGGAUGGGUGGGAAGGGGUGUAUUGCGACAAGUUCGGGUACAUGAUUCACUGCGACGACCGUGCUCUAACGCGCAUGCAGGCAGCGAGGGCAGCGGGGCUGCACCGAGUGGUGCUGGAGCAGCACUACGCCUACACCACUCUCGUCGCCUCUGCCGACCUGCUGCCCGCUGCGCUCGCCCACGCGCAGUCCCUCAGGCUGACGGGCACGGCGCAUGACCUGGUGCUCAUGGUGGAUGGCAACGCGCAUGACGUGAAUGUCAAUGACCGGUUAUUACUGCUGCACUUUGACCACGUGCGGCGCGUGCCGACUGUCACUAACCCGUACGGAGUAAAAGGCUUCUCCAAACUCAAUGCGUGGCAGAUGACGGAAUACGACAAGGUGGUGUAUAUCGACGUGGACACGCUCGUGCUCGCCAACCUGGACCACCUCUUUGAACGCCCCGAGCCCACUGCUGUGCCGGAUGUGUACAUGAGCAGCAAGUUCAACAGCGGACUGCUCGUGCUGAAACCGUCUCAUUCCACAUACAGCGAUAUGAUGAGCAAGAUGCACCGCCUCCCCUCGUACAACAAGGGCGACCAGGGCUUCCUCAACGCCUACUUCUCCGGCUGGUUCCACUCGCCGCCCGCGCACCGCCUGCCCGCGCGGUACAACGCCGUCAUCUUCUUCCCCGACCACUACCACCCCGCUCAUCCCAUCCCCUCCCACCCUCCCUGUCCUCCCCACCCCCCCCCUGCUCGCUGCUCCCACCACCCUGUCUUUCCUUCCUUUCAGUCCACAUACGCUGACAUGAUGAGCAAGAUGCACCGUCUCCCGUCCUACAACAAAGGAGAUCAAGGUUUUCUCAACGCCUACUUCUCCGGCUGGUUCCACUCGCCGCCCGCGCACCGCCUGCCCGCGCGGUACAACGCCGUCAUCUUCUUCCCCGACCACUACCACCCGCCGCCCUGGUUCCGCGUCGAAGCCGCCCACGAGGCGCUCAACGGACCAAUCAUGAUGAUCCACUUCGCCAACCCCUGGUUCAAGCCGUGGCGGCUCGGGACGCAGGAAGGGGGGGUGGUGGGGAUACACGGGGAAGGGGGAGGCGGGGGAGGGGGAGGGGGAGGGGGAGGGGGAGGGGGGGCGAGGGGAGGGGCAGCAGGUGGGGGGAGUUUGUCGUCUGCGUUGUCGUCGAGUCUGGCUUCGUCUCUCACGUCGGGUCAGAGCGGGGUGAGCAGAGAAGCAGUAGAGGCUGCAGCAGCAGCGACUCUGCAAGCAGUGGCAGCAGGAGGAAACGGAAACGGGAACGGCAGUGCAGGAGCAGCAGGAGCUGCUAGUGGGGUGAUCGAAGGGGGAGCAGGAGGGGCAGGAGGGGUGGUGGUAACAGGAGACGGUGGCCCACAGGUGAAGGUGAAUCUCUGGUGCUCGCUCUGGCUGUACCUCGCACACGCACUGGAAGAAAACGACUGGUACCCGCUCGAUCCCACCUCCAUCUCCCUCACUCACUUCCUCCCCAACCGCGCCCAGUACGACUCCCUCCUCCCCUCCCACGCCAAGGUCCGCUCCGCAUCCGCCGCCGCCGCCGAAGCAGCCGCAGCCGCAGGCGCAGCAGCAGCUCAAACUGCAUCGUCCGCGUUUCCAUCCACCCCGGCGCUGCUCUCCUCGCCGGUUUCCCACGAGCCAGUGAUUCCCGGCCGGCCGACAUACAUUGGCCGAGAGGGCUUCGUGACUGUUAUAACCAAAGAGAAUUACUUUGCAGCAGGGGUCUGGGCGGCAUCCUACCUGCAGCACCAUUCCUUCUCCUCCUUCCGGAAGAUUCUCCUUCUCGUGCUGUCCACGGUCCCCAGGGACCACUGGCAGCCGUACCGAAAGCUCUUCAACUAUGUACGUGUGGUGGACCCGAUAGUGGUCAACGGGCAGCAACUAGACGAUUCUUUCGCCGUGCUGCACGCGUGGAACCAGAAGGGGUUUGACAAGCUUGUGUACGUCGAUCCGGUGGCGCUUUUUGUUGAUAAUUGUAACGAGCUGGUUACCAGUUACGACGCGUUUGCCGCCCCGCCGAGCGUGUUCCCUCCGGACAUGUUUACCUCCCGAGUGAUGGUUCUUCAACCCAAUUCCACGACAUUCGAAGACAUGGUGUCGAAGCUUCCGGUUUUACCCUACCCGGAAGGGUCCAUGGAUAGGUUUUUGAAUGCGUAUUACUACGGGUGGUUUUCGUGGGCGCCCGCGCACCGCAUCCCGCCGUCGUUCGCAGUGGACAUGUGGUUCAAGGAGGGGUUGAUGAAGUUCUUUGUGCCGUGGCGGGUGGUGAUGUUUGACUCGCGGGCCGUGCCGUGGAGCGAUAUCAGUGACUGGAUGGCGCAUGACCGCACCAAGGCUGUGAAGCUGUGGCGACGCACCUUCUGCAGUUUGGAAGAUACCUUGAGACCACCGAGCCUGGCGCAUCUGUGUGCGGAUCUGAUCUGA